AUGUUGUCAAACUUGUUCUUCACAAUUCUCUUUGGCCUGGCGGCUGGCCAGGAAGAAGCAACCACUAGUGAGCAAUGGCUCAUUACCCUCAAUACAUCGAUUUUCUGGCCUACGGCCACUAAUUACUACUAUGGGCCUACUACCGGUCCAGAAGCGUCUGCAGUCUCUUGCAACGCUGAAUGGGUCGAAUACGCUGGUCGGUCUGAGGGUCUGUGGUCUCUAGGUCCAACUGCCACAAGCAUCUCGCUCGGUUCCUACGCUACGAGCGAGGGCGCCUGUCGCACCUAUGUAUCACCAGAGGCGUGGUCGGAUACCCAUACGGGUCCUCUCACCACCCUUUGUGAUGCCGAUGGCGAUCUCUGUCUGCAGAACGGAACGACCGUCCCCGCGUCAGGACUGAGCACAGCUAUAGUUAAUGGCGCCACUUUCACAUCGCCCUCAAUCUACGUCUCCUUUACAUCUAUAUACGCCUGGAGCAACCGGCGUGGCCAUGCGGGGUUUCAAUGCGGCGUCGACCACAGCGAUGUUAUUAUCUCGGUAAAUCCAGAGACCGUCUCCUCCGUACGCAACCAUCGAAACGCCAGAUAUCCGAUUAUUGGAACAGCCUAUCCAUUCAAUUUCGCCGAGUUCACGCCACAAGAAAUCGGGAAUUAUACACAAUCGUUAAUCCCAUGGCCACAGUUCCGCGGUGGCGAGCAGUGCCCGUUGGGGGAUAGCAACACCUGCAGUAUUAUACGUGACGAUUAUAGUCCUUGGCUGCUGCUCCCGGAAGAGAUUCGCGGAGUAGACCCCGGUUGGACAGUGUGUGAUAACGACUGGUAUAUUCCGCCCGUGACCAUGGUUGCACUUGAUCGCGAGACGAUCACAGUUACAUCGACGCCUGAACCGACCGCCGAAGUAUUUGCGGCGGCCAUGGCCAAGAACGCAUUGGCAGCGUCGACACCGCAGGCCACCACAAGGGGAUGGUAG